AUGCAGCAAUUCGCGCCACACAACUACCGUAACAGCUUUGCUACUAGCUGGGAGAAUAGGAGCACCUUGUUGCAAAAUAACAUCUCUGGUUACUCAACAGAAGAUGACAACGGAAACGCCUUAGCAGCUGGAGCAGGUGCAGCUGCUGCCGCACUUGCACUCGCCGCCGCUGGCGCAGCCGCAGCCACCGGCAGCAGCGGUCUUGCAUACGCAAGGCGCGUUCUCAGCAGUGCACGUGCAGCCUACUCCGCAGCUGCAGUUAGCGCCGGCGGCGGGAGCAGCGGACUUGCAUCCGCAAGCGGAGUUCUCCGCAGUGCACGUGCAACCCUCCCCGCAGCUGCAGGUAGCGCCAGAGGCGGGAGCAGCAGCGGACUUGCAUCCGCAAGGAGAGUUCUCCGCAGUGCACGUGCAGCCUUCGCCGCAGCUGCAAGUGGCGGCGGCAGCGGUCUUGCAGCCGCAAGGGGAGUUCUCAGCGGUGCAGGUGCAAGCCUCGCCGCAGGUGCAGGUGGUGGGAGCCAUUAUGCUGUCCCUCUUACUCCCUCGCCCAUCGCUGAUUCUCUUCCCCCCUCGCUGCAGGGCAAAGUUUCUCCGCAGGGAGACUUCAAUGUGGAGCUCACGACUUACACCGUGCCUGCCUGGUGUGGACGCAACCUGCAAGGGCCAUCUUGUAGAGGUGCUGGAGUCUCACCUCUCUUCCUGUUUUAUUCAAUUCGUGCUGUUCCUGCCAUGUCUCCCCUGCUACAGGGCGAAGUUCCUCUGCAAGGCGAUUUCAGCGCGGAGCACAUGUUCUACGGCGUGGCUGACGUGGACGCAGCGCGCAGGGACCACCUGGUGGAGCUGCUGGACAUUGAUCUGACGUGGCGCAUGCACCGCGUGUCAGAUGGGCAGCGGAGGCGAGUGCAGAUCUGCAUGGGGCUGCUGCGGCCCUUCCAGGUCCUGCUUCUGGACGAGGUAACAGUAGACCUAGAUGUUGUCGCCAGGAUGGAUCUCCUCUCUUUCUUCCAACAAGAAUGUGAAGAGAGAGGAGCUACUGUAGUGUAUGCAACACAUAUAUUUGACGGUCUGGAGUCUUGGGCAAGCCACCUCGCUUUUGUCUCUUCUGGCAAGUUGCAGCGGCUGGAAUCAGUGGAUGCGUCGACACAGCAAUCUGCUGAUAGCCACAAGCCACCUGCAUUGCAACUACCAUCAUUGUUGGAAAUGGUGGAGCCUUGGCUGAGGGAGGAUAAGGCUAAGAGGGAGAAAGAGGUGGAAGAGGCAAAGAAGAGGGGAGAUGUGCCUAAAAGAGUGGAUCCAUUUGCUGGUGCUGGUAGGCACAUGGCAUAUUACAGGUAG